AUGCCGGGCAAAACACCCUCGCGCAACGGGAAGGAGCCCCUCGAGAACGGCGUCCGCAAAGACGAGACCAAGGACGCCAAGAACAAGAGCAAGAAGGCGGCAAAGGACGGUGACGAGGAGAUGACUGUUGUCGUUCCCCCCUCAAAGAAGGCUGCUGCUGCAGCUGGUGAUGCCGAUGGUGACGUUGAGAUGGGCGAUGAGAACAAGGAUGACGCAGAAAUCAAGGUCGACCCGGUGGUGCAGGCUGUAGCAGAUAUCAAGAGCAAUUUUGCUCUGCUAGACCGUGCCGUUGUCCUCUUCGAUGCCAGAUUUACCCUCCGGGCCCUGCGAUCAAUCUCAACCAUUCGUAAGCGUCUGACGCCCGACAUUAUCGCCCAGGUCAUCGUCGAGACCUUCCCCGCGACCGUCACCUCUGGAAAUGUUGCCAAGCAGCUUCUGAUUGCUAUCGGUCGUGAAAACGUUCCCCUGGGCCGCUCCAGUGGCCAGGAGAUGGAGGUUGACACCGAGCCCGCGAAGACGACCAAGAACGGCCAGAAGAAGGAGGCAAAGGAGACCAUCCCGGAGAUUGACAUCUUCCUCGGUAUCCUGGUCCAGGUAUACCUCUACGACUCGAAGCAGCACCAGCGUGGAGUCGACUUCUCCAAGCAGCUGACCGACCGCAUCCACACCCUCAACCGCCGCACAUUAGACUCCCUCUCCGCCAAGGUCUACUUCUACUAUUCCAUGUUCUGCGAGAGCCUCGCUCCUCAGCACCCUUCUCCUCAGUCUCCGGUUGUGGCUAUCCGGCCCACUCUGCUGGCUGCUCUGCGCACUGCGGUGCUCCGCAAGGACAUUGACACGCAAGCAUCAGUCAUUGUGUUGUUGCUUCGCAGCUACCUGUCCACAUCCCACAUCGCACAAGCGGAUCUCCUCGUCUCCCACACACAGUUCCCCGAGAACGCUGCCAACAACCAGGUCGCUCGCUUCCUGUACUACCUCGGCCGCAUUCGCGCCAUCCAGCUGAGAUACACUGAGGCACACGAACACCUGACGGCUGCCACGCGCAAGGCCCCCUCAAGUGCGGCCGCUGUGGGCUUCUCCCAGACCGCAACCAAGCUGUUGCUUGUCGUUGAGUUGUUGAUGGGCGAUAUCCCCGAGCGAUCCACUUUCCGCCAACCUACUCUCGAGCUGGCUCUGCACCCCUACUUCCUUCUUGUGCAAGCCGUGCGAGUGGGUAAGGUACAGAACUUCGAGACUAUUAUUGCCGACCACGCCGAUACUUUCCGCCGUGACGGCACCUACAGCCUGAUCCUCCGUCUCCGCCAAAACGUUAUCAAGACUGGUAUCCGUAUGAUGUCUCUGUCAUAUUCCCGAAUUUCCCUGCGCGACAUCUGCAUUCGUCUCGACCUCGGCAGUGAGGAGUCAGCUGAGUACAUUGUCGCCAAGGCCAUCCGCGAUGGAGUUAUCGAGGCCACCCUGGACCGUGAGCACGGUUACAUGAAGAGCAAGGAGGUCGGCGAUGUCUAUGCCACACGAGAGCCGGGUGAGGCUUUCCACGACAGAAUUCGCGCCUGCUUGGCUCUGCACGAUGAGAGUGUCAAGGCUAUGCGAUUCCCCAUGAACCAGCACCGUCUCGAGCUCAAGAACGCUCAAGAAGCGCGCGAACGCGAACGUGAGAUGGCGAAGGAGAUACAGGAGGGAGACUUGGACGAGGACGACCUCGGUGGCGAGUUCGAGGGCAUGUAA